AUGGCGCUUCGGCAGUAUCCAGCACCGGUGGACUACGAGAAACAGCAAACCGCCUUCGAGCAGUUCCUCUCCGAGUUCAAGACAACACCAGAACAAUCGAUCGCGCAAGCCUUCGGAGAUAUUUCCAUUGAGGAGGAUGGACUAAGUGAUGAGUAUGACUUUUUGGACGAGGAUGAGGAGGCGCAGGGACGUCGCCGACAAGAGCGCCUUGAGCGCGCCCAGAGGCGGAGAGGGCCGCAUCACAAAUACAAGGAGAUCCUCCAAGAUCUUGCCGACAGGAAGGUCCAAGAAGUGACGAUCGAUCUCAACGAGCUCGCAUCGUUCGAGGAGACUCUCGAUGAGAACCUGAGGCUCGUUCCUUCAAUCGAGAUGAACACUAAACACUACACCGAAGUCAUGUCUCGCGCGAUUGACAAACUUCUUCCCACUCCCAGUGUUGAGAUCAACUUCAAGGAUGAUGUGCUUGACGUCCUCAUGGCUCGCCGCCGAGAUCGAAACCGACGUAUGCAAGAAGCCGCCGAAAACGAUCCAACCGUCCUCCAAGACCAAUUCCCGCCUGCACUGACCAGGAGGUACACGCUUGUGUUCAAGCCACGGACCUUCUCUGGCGAUGCGGACAAGAAGGCCCUCGCCGUCCGUCAAGUGCGCGGCGAGCACCUCGGCCACCUCAUCACCAUCCGUGCCAUUGCCACCCGCGUAUCCGACGUCAAGCCUGUCGUACAGGUCAGCGCAUACACUUGCGAUCGCUGCGGUUGCGAAAUCUUCCAGCCUGUCACCGAAAGGUCGUACGGUCCCUUGACAGUCUGCCCGUCCGAGGACUGCCGAAAGAACCAGGCCAAGGGUCAGCUUAACCCUUCGUCUAGGGCUAGCAAGUUCCAACCCUUCCAGGAGGUCAAGGUGCAGGAGUUGGCUGAACAGGUGCCUAUUGGCCAGAUUCCUAGGAGUCUGACUGUUCUCUGCUACGGUACCUGCGUACGUCAGAUCAACCCCGGUGACGUUGUCGACAUCACUGGUAUCUUCCUGCCCACGCCCUACACCGGUUUCCAGGCUAUGAAGGCGGGUCUCUUGACGGAUACCUAUCUCGAGGCACACCACAUCGUCCAGCACAAGAAGGCCUAUUCCGAGAUGACGGUAGACCCCAUUCUCGUCCGCCGCAUCGACCAGUACCGCCAGAGCGGGCAGGUGUACGAACUUCUCGCCAAGUCCAUCGCCCCCGAAAUCUUCGGCCACCUCGACGUCAAGAAAGCUCUAUUGCUCCUCCUCAUCGGCGGUGUCACCAAAGAAAUGGGCGACGGCAUGAAGAUCCGCGGCGACAUCAACAUCUGCCUCAUGGGUGACCCCGGUGUAGCCAAGUCCCAGCUUCUCAAGUACAUUUCCAAGGUCGCCCCCCGCGGCGUCUACACGUCCGGUCGCGGAUCCAGCGGCGUCGGUCUCACGGCCGCCGUGAUGCGCGACCCCGUCACUGACGAGAUGGUGCUCGAGGGCGGCGCCCUCGUCCUCGCUGACAACGGCAUCUGCUGCAUCGACGAGUUCGACAAGAUGGACGAGAACGACCGGACGGCCAUCCACGAGGUUAUGGAGCAGCAGACCAUCUCCAUCUCCAAGGCGGGAAUCUCCACGACCCUCAACGCCCGCACUUCGAUCCUCGCCGCCGCUAACCCCCUCUAUGGCCGGUAUAACCCGCGCAUCUCCCCUGUCGAGAAUAUCAACCUCCCCGCCGCCCUUCUCUCACGUUUCGACGUGCUCUUCCUGCUCCUUGACACGCCCACGCGCGAGACAGACGCCCAGCUCGCCAAGCACGUCACCUACGUGCACAUGCACUCGCGACACCCCGAGGUUGGCGCUGACGCUGUCGUCUUCACCCCACAUGAGGUCCGCAGCUAUGUCGCCCAAGCCCGUACCUACAGACCCGUCGUCCCCGAGCGUGUCAGCGAGUACAUGGUCAAGACGUACGUGCGGCUCCGAGACCAGCAGCGCCGCGCCGAGCGCCGAGGCCAGCAGUUCACGCACACGACGCCGCGUACGCUGCUCGGCGUCGUGCGUCUGAGCCAGGCCCUCGCGCGCUUGCGCUUCAGCAACGAGGUCAUCCAGGAUGAUGUCGACGAGGCGCUGCGGCUCAUCGAGGCUAGCAAGCAGAGUCUUCAGGCUGAGGAUCCCAAGCGGAACAGGGGUCUCAAUGCCAGCAGCAAGAUUUACAACAUCGUUAAGGGUCUUGCUGAUUCGGGUGCUUGCAGGGCUGAUGACGCUGAGGAUGAUGAGCUUGGCGUUGAGUUGAGCAUGAGGAAGGUGAAGGAGAGGGUUAUUGCUAAGGGGUUCACGGAGGAUCAUUGGUUGAGGGCGUUGGAAGAGUACACCGAGUUGAACGUCUGGCAAACUGCUGGCAACGGUACUCGCCUCAUCUUCAUCCAUGCCAAUGACGAUUCAGACGAGGACAUGUCGGAGUAA